AUGGUCGCCCAGCCGCAUGAGGUGCAGUUGUGUGGCAGUGCUGUCGGGAAGGCCUAUCAGGUGCAGUCGUGUGGCAGUGCUGUCGGCAAGGCCCAUCAGGAGCUGUCUCGAUGCACUGAUGUUGGCAAGGACCAUCAAGUGCAGACGAGAGGCAGUGCGUUCGGCCAGGCCCAUCAAGUGCAGACGAGAAGCAGUGCGUCCGGCCAGGACCAUCAAGCCCAUCAAGUGCAGACCAUAGGCAGUGCGUUCGGCCAGGCCCAUCAAGUGCAGACCAUAGGCAGUGCGUUCGGCCAGGACCAUCAAGUGCAGACCAUAGGCAGUGCGUUCGGCCAGGACCAUCAAGUGCAGACGAGAGGCAGUGCGUUCGGCCAGGCCCAUCAACUGCAGACGAGAGGCAGUGCGUUCGGCCAGGCCCAUCAACUGCAGACGAGAGGCAGUGCGUUCGGCCAGGCCCAUCAACUGCAGACGAGAGGCAGUGCGUUCGGCCAGGCCCAUCAACUGCAGACGAGAGGCAGUGCGUUCGGCCAGGCCCAUCAACUGCAGACGAGAGGCAGUGCGUUCGGCCAGGCCCAUCAACUGCAGACGAGAGGCAGUGCGUUCGGCCAGGCCCAUCAAGUGCAGACGAGAGGCAGUGCGUUCGGCCAGGCCCAUCAAGUGCAGACGAGAGGCAGUGCCUUCGGCCAGGCCCAUCAAGUGCAGACCAUAGGCAGUGCCUUCGGCCAGGCCCAUCAAGUGCAGUCCAUAGGCAGUGCGUUCGGCCAGGCCCAUCAAGUGCAGACCAUAGGCAGUGCGUUCGGCCAAGCCCAUCAAGGUCAGACCAUAGGCAGUGCCUUCGGCCAGGCCCAUCAAGUGCAGACGAGAGGCAGUGCGUUCGGCCAGGCGCAUCAAGUGCAGACCAUAGGCAGUGCGUUCGGCCAGGCCCAUCAAGUGCAGGCCAUAGGCAGUGCCUUCGGCCAGACCCAUCAAGCGCAGACGAGAGGCAGUGCCUUCGGCCAGGCCCAUCAAGUGCAGACGAGAGGCAGUGCGUUCGGCCAGGCCAUCAAGUGCAGACGAGAGGCAGUGCGUUCGGCCAGGCCCAUCAAGUGCAGACGAGAGGCAGUGCGUUCGGCCAGGCCCAUCAAGUGCAGACGAGAGGCAGUGUGUUCGGCCAGGCCCAUCAAGUGCAGACGAGAGGCAGUGCGUUCGGCCAGGCCCAUCAAGUGGAGACGAGAGGCAGUGCGUUCGGCCAUGUCCAUCAAGUGCCGUGAUGAGGCAAUGCUUUCGGCCAGGUCCAUCAGAUCCGGUAGUGAAGCAGUGGAGUUGGCCAGGCCCAUUAGAUGUAGUCCUGUGGUUCGACAAGCCAGCCAGAUCAGUUACAGUCAGAAAAGCCAAUCAGGCGAUUCCGUGUAA